AUGGCGAAGAGUCCUCGCACGGUUUCCCGAUCCCACGAGCCCCCACAGCAGCGAGCGCUGAGUGGCGAAGGCGGCGUCGAGGACACGCCGCACCGGCCCAGGACGAGCGCCAGCAGAAAGAGCAGAGCCGAGUCGACCAAGACUGCAGGGUCGUCGAGGUCCAAGUCACGCAGGGCCGCGGCGGCAGCCCUCGAGGGCGGGUCCGCCGGAGCCGCCGUGCCCGUCCAGGUCGAGCCCGCCACGCGAACCCGCAACCUCUCGAGCCGCAGCCACGUCCCCUCGCUGACAUCCAACGCCUUCUUCCGCCCCAUGAGCUCGCAGCAGCUGCAGGCCCACCGCGGGACCAACCGGCCGCCCACCAUGUCGCGCCCGCCCACCGAGCCUCUCAACAUCAGCCUCGACGACGGUGCCACCGACAUCGGCGGUCCCGGCCCCAUGAUCCGUCACAGCCUGUCGUCGAACCCGCAGCUCGGCGAGGGCGAUGCCGGCCAGCAGCAGCAGCAGCAGCAGCCUCCGUCGAGGGGCACUGACGCCACUAACGAGCAGGACCGCUUCACCUUCAACACCAGCCCCACGGGCAACUACGCCGCCGGGGGCAGCCAGGCCGACAGCGUCCGCCCCCUGCACAAGAACUCGGACGGAGGGGGCAACCAGCACAACCUCCGCGUCGACGUCGACACGAGCUACCGCGACUUUGGGAGGAACGGGAUCCCCAGCCCCGUCAAGUCCCCCCGCUCGCUGCGUUCGGGCUUCCUCCUGUCGGGCAGGGAUACGGGCUCCGGCCGUGCCGAGAAGCUGUCGUCCGGCGCGUCGUCGCCCGAGAUGAGAGGCCGCUCCGGCACGCUGGGAACGCCGGACCGGCAUCCCACCACGCUGGCGGGUGGGUCGAGCUCCGGCGCGGACCGGGGCAUCGGCAAGGCGAGCGUGUGGGAGUACUUUGACGGAAACACGCGCUUCUUCCUCGGUGGAAGGUGGCAGAACACCCGAGGACGGCCUAUCAACAUCGCCACGGGGCUGGCUAUCCUGGUGCCGUGCGUCCUGUUCUUUGGCGGGUCGGCACCCUGGCUGUGGCGCAACGUCUCGCCUGCCAUUCCCAUCGUCUUUGCCUACCUGGCCUACGUCUGCGCCUCAUCCUUUAUCCACGCCUCCGUGUCGGAUCCUGGGAUCCUGCCGCGAAACCUCCACCACUUCCCACCCAUCAGCGACGACGACCCGCUGCAGAUCGGCCCGGCCACCAACGACUGGACACUCGUCAAGUCUGCCGAGUCGCGCACGGCGGCCAUGGAGGUGCCGGUGAAGCACUGUAGGACGUGCAACAUCUGGCGCCCGCCGCGCGCGCACCACUGCCGGAUGUGCGACAACUGCGUCGAGACGCACGACCACCACUGCGUGUGGAUCAACAACUGCGUCGGGAAGCGCAACUACCGCUACUUCUUCGCCUUCGUCGCCUCGGCCACGGCCCUGUCCCUGUACGCCAUGGCCACCGGCCUGGUGCAGCUGCUCGUCUACGCCAGCCGCGAGGACGUGUCCUUCGGAGAGGCCGUCGAGCACUUCAACGCGCCGCUGGCGCUCAUCAUCCUCUCGGCCCUGUGCCUGCUGUACCCCGCCGCCCUGACGGGGUACCACGUCUUCCUCAUGUCCCGCGGCGAGACGACGCGCGAGUACAUGAACUCGCACAAGUUCGCCAAGGGCGAGCGCUUCAGAGCCUACUCGCAGAAGAGCGUCUGGAGGAACAUCCUCGCCGUCCUCUGCAGGCCCCGUUCCCCCACCUACUAUCGCUUCAAGAGCAGGUACCACCUCGGUGACCAGAGGCUGGGCCUCACCCACCGCAGCCAGAGGUCCAAGGAGGGUGCCCAGGGCAUGGAAAUGCACAGCGUCAACACCACGCAGCAGAGCAACCAGCAGUUUCAGGGUCCCAUGACCCUGAGGCAGGAGUCGAAUCACUACCAAUGA